AAGGAAAUGCACGAAUGAUACCCUAUUAAAUACGUUGGUCGCUCGGUUGUUUUUUUAUACAUUUAAUUUUUUCUACAUUCCUUCAUUGCGUUCGGGUGACACUAAUAUUACUCGUUUUACGUACCGCGUUAUCGGAUCGGUUGUGAUGAGUUCGGGAAACCGGGCACGAUUACUGUAGCCGCGUAGUCGUUAGUAUUCUCCAAAUGAAUCAUAUUUUUCUUAAGUUUGCCAAGUGAAGAAUACGGAAAAUUGCCAGUUAAUGUAGUGUGCGUUUAUGAUAUAUGUGCAAACUAUUAAAUAUUAUUAAAGCACUAUUUAAAAUUUACUUUUCUGCACAUUGUUUUGGUGAAUUAUUCCGUCAGGUUUACUUGUUGAAAUUAAAUUGAACGUGUGCUAGAUACUGAUAUGUGCGUUGUGCUUUGCAAUUGAACGGAUCUCGCUAGAAUUUUUAUCAUUAUUUUUAAUGUUCCUACGGAAAGAAGCAGAAACAGGGUAUAUGUAUAUGAAUGGGGACAUUAGUAAAAAUUCAACUGGGACACUCUUUAGUCCUUCUGAACCUUUGACUGUUUCUACUGUUACAAAUACUUACAGUUCCUUAAACGGGAGUUAUGAAGUUUUAUCCACAGAAAAUAGAAAUAAUUCAACUGUAAUAGUGGGAAAUAACAGCAAUAUGGUGAAUGCAGAAACUUCUACUGAGACUAUGCCGUCUCAGUCUGUUGAGCAACUUAAGCAGCUCCUCUCAAAUCAGUUAGAAUAUUAUUUUUCCAGAGAAAAUUUGGCUAAUGAUGCAUACUUGUUAUCUCAAAUGGACAAUGAUCAAUAUGUACCCAUUUGGACAGUUGCUAAUUUUAACCAAGUUAAGAAAUUAACAAAAGACAUAAAACUUAUAACUGAAGUUUUAAGAGAAUCUCCAAAUGUUCAAGUUGAUGAUGAAGGAUUAAAAGUUCGACCCAAUCAUAAACGGUGUAUUGUAAUAUUACGCGAAAUUCCCCAAACUACUCCAAUUGAAGAAAUCAAGGGACUAUUUAAUGGUGAAUCUUGUCCAAAAAUGAUAUCAUGUGAAUUCGCUCAUAAUAAUUCUUGGUACAUUACUUUUGAGAAUGAUGAAGAUGCACAGAGAGCAUUUUUGUACCUUCGAGAAGAAGUCAAAGAAUUUCAGGGUCGUCCUAUAAUGGCGCGAAUCAAAGCUAAACCAAUGAAUCGUAUGACAGCUCCCAUAUCUCCUGGCGCUGUUGCUGGAAUUCCAGGUAUUAAAACUAUUAAUGGUUUUAGAACUCCUCCAAUACAAGCUCAAACAAUAAAUCCCUACAUAGAACCAGGUCCACCUUCAGGUCCUCCAGCACCUCCCCCUCAACAUCCUCAAGCUGCUAGAUUAUAUUAUACUAAUAAUGGCCCCCAAUAUGCUCCAGUCAAUUAUGCUACUGCCAAUUUACAAGUAUAUUUACAGCAGCAACAACAGUCAUCAUACUACCCAACAAAUAUGUUACAACAUUGGCCACAUCCUGCAACUGGUACUUAUUACACAACAGAUAUUAGUGGUAUAUUUUCUGUCAAUGGAUUGGCUCCACAGGGAGCUUUUGCUAAACCUCAAAACUCAAGAUAUAAUAUAUCACGAGCACCUGGCAGAAGCAAUGGUAAAAUGCGUCAUAACUCUGUUGGUGGAAGUGAAUACUAUCGAAGUUCAGCGUCUGAUAGUGGUUUACCAUCUCGCCCUGGUAGUUACACAUCUAAUGGAAGUCUUACUAAGUCAUCUAGUAGUAGUGGAUCUUUACAUAUUUCUAAUACUACUAAAAAUAAUGUUGACAAUCAAGAUUGUAGUAUAAUUGAUAGACAGUCAAGUGGAAUAUUACCUAAAGAUCCUACAACAUUGCCACCUAGAUAUAGACGAAGGAAGAGAGAAGAUGAAGUUGGAUCCGAAGUGUUAUCUAAUAGUACCACCUUGCCUCAACAACCCACAUGUUCACAAAGUUUUGAUCUAGCAGCUGAUGCAUUUCCUCCCUUACCACCCCAAGUUGUAUCCUUACCACAUCAAUCACCAACUUCACUGUCCCAUGACUUAUUAUCUCCUCGAAACAAUCUUGAUUCUAGGAUUCCUGUUGUAGCAACAUCAAAUUUAUCUGUGGUGUCAUCUGAAACUCCUCUACCUAAGACUGAUAAUCAAGACUUGACUGUAAAUGCAGAAAGUCUGAUAAAUGGCUCACAAACUGAGCUGCCAAGUAUUGUUCGGUCUUUGGCAGUUUCUGCUAUAAUUGAUGAUUUUUCUAAUACAUCAAUUACGUCUGUAACUAAACACUCUCAGGUUCAAGAUAUUGUUACAACUACAAAUUCUAAUAUAAAUCCUAUUGAUAAGACUGCUAUGCCAAGUAAAAUUGAAUUGUCAUUAAUAACUCCUGUGUCUAAAGCCAAUGGAUCACCAAAUUUUAAUAAGAUAGUAUCAAGUAGUAAAUCUGCAUCGUCAUCACAAUGUGUUAUACCACAACCACCUACUUCAUUUUCAGCCGACUUAGUCAACAAUAAUCCUAUUCUUAAUGGAAAUGAAUCGCCAACUAUUGGACACAAAUUAAGUUAUGCACAAGUAGCACAACAUCACAGAGAUAAAAAUGAAGUUCAUAUUCCUAAUAUGCCUUCAUUUGUACAAUCUACUAUUAUAGAAGAGGAAAAAAAGGAAGAAACUGUGCCUGUUUUAACUUCUCAAAUUAAACAAUCUAAUCUUCAAAUUGAUAGUCACACAUCAAACCGACCUUCAAAAGGACAUAGAUCAACUAAUAGUGACCGGGGAACAACGCCUAAAAAAGAUCGUGGACCUAAAGUGAAUCAUACUAAGUCACCUAAGUAACUUUCUAGGCCAAAUAUAGACACAUAUAUAACAUUUGAAAUUUAAAGUUCAUAAAUAAAUUAAAGCCUCUGUUCAUUAUCGGUUCUUACCAUUAUGUCAAAGAAUGUGGGCACUGGAUGUAAUUGGCAUAGUUUAUUUGUAAGAUUAUGUAGGCCUUUAAGUACCAGUGAUUGUUAUUUUUAUCUCCCCGUCCUAUUGUCAUAUAAUUCUAAUCAAGUCCAAAUUAUUAUGUUUAUUGUUAGUUUUUUUUUUUUAUAUAUAAGUUUAGUAUCUUAUAAUUGUUUCCUUUUAUGAAAAUACAUAAAACAAAACAACUGAAACAAAGCUACCUAUAAUGAUUUAUAUAUAUUUAUAGUAUAUAAUAUAUUUAUAUAUAAAUGUAUAUUUUUAAAAAAAUAAUAACAUAGCUGUGAUAAAAUUAAAUAUAAUAUAUUAAAAUGCCUAAGUUCAUUUGUUUAUGCGAACAUGUGUGUUUAUAUAUGUAUAUAAAUGCAUAUUAAUGUAUAGACAAAAGUUAAUAAAUAUGUUUAAAAUUGUAAAAGUGUUUUAAUUAUAAUCUAUAUUACCAUGUAUAACAAACUUAUAUUCAGUGUUGAAUUUUCAAUUAUUCAAAGUGCUUCAAUGCUAAUAUUUUUAAGAACUCUAUUAUUUUGUUAAUAAAAAAAUGUCAUUCUGAAGUACGAAAAUCUACUAUCUUUUGUAUAAUGCUUGAUUCACGAUGAUUCAAUUUUUACUAAACUCAAACAUAGUUUACUAAUGAAAUUUGUUGACCUAAUAAAACGAACAAAAUUGAAGACUUAAUUGUUAAUGCUACAAUUGAUGAAUAGAAACUUAAAUUGUUUUUUAAUUUAAGAUAGAUUUGUUUAGAGAUAUAUGAAAAAUCCAAUUUUUCAUUUCUCUUAUCACAGCAUUGUUAUAUUUAUAUUCAUUUAAAUGCUAUGUUGAUUAUUAAUUACACAUACAUAAAUGUUGUUUUGUUUUGAUACCUCUUGUGAGUAAUAUUUAAAAUUUAUUUAUUUUAUUAAGUUCAUUUUAUAUUUCACUGUAAAGUAAUUUUAAAAUUUUUUUAAUGUUACUGUUUAAAUAAUACCCCUUCAAGAAACAAAUUUCGAAAUUUACUAACAUUAUAAUUUUUUACUAAGCUUGUUAUUGUUAUUUUUCAAUUUAACUUAAAUAAUUUAGUUUUUGAUGUUAUAUUUGCUUAGUAUAUUGUAAGGUAACAAGAUGUUUUAUUUACUUAAAAUAGAAAUUCUUUGUAGUGUAUUUAAACCAUGAAUACUUUUGACUACCUGCUUAUUUUAAUUUCCCGCUGAAAAUUUGUAUUAUUGAAAAAUAUCAAAUUCUUUGUAAUCUGUUUUAAAAAAAAUUCUUGAUUAUUCAAUCAAACUCAUUUUUAGUUAUUUUUGAGAAUUAUCACUUCAGUAAACUAUUUAAUUAAUAUAUAAUCUAAAACUUGUUAACAAAAAAUCACUUGAACAGUAUACUAAUGGUUUCGAGUAACCAAAAACGAGUUUUUACUUAAUUACAAUUUUAUUCAAAAACUUAAUUUAUUAAAAUAAAUUUUAAAUUAACAAUUGAGACACAAUAUUUAAAAUAAUUGGUGAAGUUUUCUUACUUUUUAAUUUUUUUUUUUUUUUAGUUACCUUUCAAAAUUUUCUAAUGUAGCAAGUUAUAUGUGAAGUAAUACAAUAAAGUUUAAAUUCGUACCUAUUUAAUUGAAUCAAAAAUGCAUGAUUGUUUUCUAGACUAGGUAUAUGGUUUAUCAAAAAAAUAAAGAAAGUAUGAAUUCACUCUUAAUUUAACCCAUUAGACAUUUUGUUUGUUUGUUCUAAAAUAUUAUCAUACAAUAUUUGGGUUAAUAUUAUGUUAAUUAUAUCUUUAUUUUGAAUGCCUUAAUUUAGAAUAUUAUAAUUUAUAUUUUUCAGGAUCAUAAAAUAUAAGUAGUAGUUGGAAGGAUACUGGGACAAACAAUUUUUUUUUUUUUUUUGACAAAUUGUAUAUUUUUUUAAUAAUCUUGUAUAUAUUUGUUAUCUUUUUUUAAUCUUAAUAGCUGAAUUAACAUUUAUAAGUAUUUAAAGUGGAAUUAGGAAAAUAUUUCCUUUAGUGCUAGUCAUGGAAGGCAAAACAAUUAUUUAUUAAAUAUAUUAUUGUUUUAUUUAUAUUUAUUCUCAGUCUUUAAUCAUUAAAAAAAAUUGAGUUAUCUUGUUAAUAUUAUAUUUUAUAAUUUACUUAAUGUAUUUGGAAAUAUAAUUUUAUUGGAUUAAGAAACCAGCCUGUAAGAAUUUUAGUAAUUCUAUUAUUUAAUAAUUUAUUCAAUAUACAUUUAUAUAUUAGAAAUUAAAAACUACUAUAUAAGACUUAAUAUUAUUCAUACCCUAAAAUAUCUAAGUAAAUUUGAAUAAUAAUUAUAGUUAUGUCUAUUUGUUUCUUAUAAUUAUUAAAAAGGACUAAAUAAUGAAAGUUAUUUUUAUUCAAAGUAUUUCAUUAUUUUUAAAUAUAAUAGACUAUGUUUAAAAAUAUUAAUAAAAGCUCAAUAAUGUUAAGUUGUUAUAAUUAUAUUUAAAAAGCAAUGAAAGUUCAUUUAUUUUUGUAUCUGAUUUUUUAUUAUGUUCAAGUAAAAGAAAUAUUUUAAACUUUCAUUUAUAUUUAAAAUAUGAAUAUCAAAAUCAUACUUCAUUUAUAACAAAAUUUUUCUGUGUAACAUUCAAAUUACUUAAAUUAUAAAAUAUAUUACAAUAAAACAUAUCUUGGACUAAUGUAUAUAUAUUUUAACGCCAAUACAGUAAUAGUAUGAAUUAUUUAUGCUUAUGCCUUCCAAAUAACUAGCAUAUGAUUAUAAAUAAUCACAAAAUUUAUUUUAUUAAUUAGGUGUUAUUUUCAUAAUAAGAUGCCUUAUUUACAAAUUUUUUACCCUUUGAAUGCCUAAUUCCACUAGUUUGUUAGUUGUCAUAAUACAUAAUGAAUUUUUAAUGUGUGUUUAUAAUGAUUAUUAAUAUUGACUUCUGUUAUACAUUCAUACUAUUUUAUGAUGUAUGUUUAAAAUAUUAAGAUAAUUUCAAAUCGCGUUAAUAUUUGAAACCAGUUGACUGAUUCAUUCAUUCUGUUUAGUUUGAAAUCUUUUAAUUUAUUUAUAUUUUUAAAUAAACAUAAUUACUAUUAUUAUUAUUUUAUAAUAAUAUAAAUAUAAAAUUUUAAUUGGUUAUAUAAUUGUUAAGCUCUUUCAAACUAGAUUUCAUGAUCACAGUGGAAAUAUAAAUAAUCAUUAUAUCUCAUCUAGUUUACUCCCCUCAAAUGGCGUGUGGUCCAUGUCAAUGAAUGAUGAUGUACGAAUUUAUAUGUAUAUGUUCAUGGAGUCUUGUUUGAUUUGAAAAUUUUGUGAUAUCUGAUUAUUUAUCUUAUAAAUACAUACAUUAUAUAUGAAAAAACUAA